AUCUUACCAGCUCUAUGUAGUACUGGAAUUCUCACUGUUGAUAUUGUUGAAGGCUCAUACAACAACUUGCGGUUCCGAAAAUUUAUUGACGGACUCCUCAGCCAAAUGAAUCCAUGGCCUCAAUCAAACUCAGUGAUUGUGAUGGAUAAUUGUCGUAUCCACAAAAAUGAAGAGGUUCUUGAAUGA